AUGUGGCCAUGCUCAUGUGAUGCUGUGGAUACGUGUCAGUUUUCCAUAGGAUCACCAUCAUCGCAUAGUGGAAUCAUUGAAGUUGACGAGGGAAACAGGUUCUUCUCUUUGUUUGCAAUUUUCACUUGUUUAAGAAUAUCUAGUAGAGCUAGCAUGACAACAGUUAUGGAUAUGUACAAUAACAGUUGCAUCAUGUUAUCAGAUUUCUUAGACCCUUGUAAUGAUCAAGAGCUGAUGAAAGCACUUGAACCUUUUAUGAAAAGUGAUUCAUCUAGCAGUUCCUCAAUAACUUACCAUUCAUCAUCAUUUCCAAACUUCUCAAGCUACGACCAAAAGGGUCUGAACCAAGCUAGUUCCAUCAAACUGAACCAACUCACCCCAUCUCAAAUAUUCCAGAUUCAAGCCCAAAUCCAGGUUCCACGAGCUCAGUUUCUUAGCCCAAAGCCCGUUCCCAUGAAGCAGGUGGGUGGUCGUGCUCUUUCCAAAUCCACAAAGCUUUACCGUGGUGUGAGGCAGAGACACUGGGGCAAGUGGGUGGCUGAGAUCAGACUCCCCAAGAAUCGCACUCGUCUCUGGCUUGGUACAUUCGAAACCGCUGAAGAAGCAGCGUUGGCAUACGACAACGCGGCGUUUAAGCUGAGAGGAGAAAACGCGAGGCUCAACUUCCCUCAUCUACGUCACCAUGGAGCAAGCGUCUAUGGUGAGUUUGGGACCUACAAGCCUCUCCCCUCUGCGGUGGACGCAAAGCUGGAGGCCAUUUGUCAAAGCUUGGCCAUCAAUUCGCAGAAACAUCAAGGGGAAACACUGACACACAAAGAAGAAACAACAACAACAAUAACAUCGGAGUUUGAGGAUGUUAAGGUGGAGAACCAAACAGCAUCCUCGCCCUUGUCGGAUGAAUCUUCUUCUUCUUCUCCUGGGUCCUCUUCACCAGAAUCCGAUAUCACUUUCUUGGAUUUCUCGGAUUCUUAUGAAGCAAUGGAGAAUCUUGGGUUGGACUUGGAGAAGUACCCUUCUGUGGAGAUUGAUUGGGCAGCUUUAUCUGAGUCAUGA